AUGAACCAGACUCAUCAAGUGCCACUCGCUCCACUUGAAGCACGACACGGCUCGGCAGACCUCGCGAUUUAUUCUUUCCAACCACCCGCCGCGUCCCGUACGCUCGUUGAAAUACUCGAUGCCUCCGUCUUGGCCCACCCCGGGGCCGCGGCAGUGGACGACGGGACGGUGUGCCUGAGCUACUCCGAGCUGGCACACGAAGUGGAAGCCCGGGCCGAGCAGCUGCGAGCCACCGGUAUCGGUAUCGGCGACCGCGUAGGCGUGCGGGUGCGCUCUGGGACGGCCGAGCUGUACGUGAGCAUACUCGCCGUGCUUACCACCGGCGCUGCGUACGUCCCAGUCGACGUCGACGACCCCGAUGACCGGGCCCGACUAGUCUGGGCCGAGGCCGGGGUGUGCGCCGUGCUCACCGACGGCACCGAACUGACCCAGCACAAAGCCCCGCUGGGGGGCGGCCCACGGCGCCGGCCGGGCCCGGAGGACGACGCCUGGAUCAUUUUCACCUCUGGCUCGACCGGCAAGCCCAAGGGCGUGGCCGUCACCCACCGCAGCGCAGCCGCCCUGGUCGACGCCGAGGCUCGGCUAUUCUCACCCAUCGCACCAGGGGACCGCGUCCUCGCCGGGUUGUCGGUGGCGUUCGACGCCUCGUGCGAGGAGAUGUGGCUGGCCUGGCGACACGGGGCCUGUCUCGUAGCCGCUCCGCGCUCCAUGGUGAGGGCCGGCGCGGAUCUGGGGGCUUUCCUCGUUGCGCAACGCAUCUCGGUGGUGUCUACGGUCCCAACGCUCGCUGCUCUGUGGCCCGCCGAGGCGCUGCGUCGAGUCCGGCUACUCAUCCUCGGCGGAGAGGCCUGCCCCCCGGAGCUGGCAAGCCGGUUGGCAGGCAGUGUCGGGGCGGCGUGGAACACAUACGGCCCAACCGAGGCGACGGUGGUGUCUUGCGCCGCUCGGUUGGUUGCCGGACAGUCCGUACGCAUCGGACUGCCCCUGGCCGGAUGGAAACUGGCCGUCAUCGGGCCUGACGGCCACCCCGUGCGCUGGGGUGAGACGGGGGAGCUGGUCAUCGGCGGCGUCGGGCUGGCCCGCUACCUGGACACGGCCAAGGACGCGGCCAAGUUUGCCCCGUUGGACUCCCUCGACUGGCCGCGAGCCUAUCGCAGCGGCGAUGUUGUCCGCGCCGAGCCGGACGGGCUCGUCUUCGUCGGCCGGGGCGACGAGCAGGUCAAGCUGGGCGGGCGCCGCGUCGAGCUGGGAGAAAUCGACGCCGCCUUGAUGACGCUUCCCGGGAUCCGCGCCGCAGCCAGCGCAGUCCGCCGCAGCGAGACGGGCACCCCGGUCCUUGUCGGCUAUCUCGUCGGCGACGGCACCGCCGACGCUGACCAUAGAGCUCUGCUCCGGCGCCUGCUGCCUGCGGCGCUGGUCCCGAUGCUCGUCACGGUCGACAGCCUGCUGGUGCGCACGUCCGGCAAAGUAGACCGCGCUGCCUUGCCGUGGCCGCCGCCGGCGCAGCAGCAGCAGCUACGGACAAACCAACAAGCAGCCGAAGGCACCGUGGGCUGGCUCGCCGAGCAGUGGCGCCGCGUGCUCGGGGUGCCGGCCCGGCCAGAUGAGCAUUUCUUCGACCUCGGGGGCACCAGCCUGGCCGCGGCGCAGCUUGUAUCGCAGCUGCGCCGGCGGUGUCCCGCGCUCUCGGUUGUUGACAUCUACGAGAAUCCCGUCAUGACUGCCAUGGCCGCGCGGAUGGACCAACUGGUGCGCACAAAACACACGGUCCGCGUGGUGAUGCCGACGCCUCGCCGGGCGGGACUGGUCCAGAUGCCGAUACUGCUUGCUUUACUCACCCUGCAGGGAUUGCGAUGGUUGAUUGUCCUGGCUGUAUAUGUAAAGCUCGCUGCCUUGUUCUUCGGCCCCGUCCCCUGGGGUGAGGAGCUCCUGGCCCCGUGGUGGCAGAUCAUGGCCGGCUGGCUGCUGCUCAGCAGCAUGCCCGGCCGGGUGUUGACCACGGCUGGAGGAGCCCGGCUUCUAACCACCGGCAUCACGCCCGGCAGAUACCGCCGGGGCGGAUCGGCACACCUCCGGCUGUGGACGGCGGAGCGGUUGGUCGAGCUCGGCGCCAUCGCCCCCAUAGCCGGGACCCAUUGGUGUCGGCGCUAUGCCAGGCUGCUCGGCUGCCGGGUGGGCGCCAACGUGCAACUCCAUACGCUGCCACCGGUGACAGGUCUGGCCAGCUUCGGCGCAGGCUGCGCAGUGGAGCCGGAAGCCGACGUGGCCGGAUGGUGGCUCGACGGCGAUACGCUGCACGUCGGAGCAACGGCCAUCGGGGUUGGGGCCCGGGUCGGCACCCGCACCACGCUCAUGCCCGGCACGGUGCUCGAGCCGUACGCCCAAGUCCAGCCGGGCAUCUGCGUGAAAGGGACGGUGCAAAGAGGCGGCACCACAUCCGCGGUCAAGCCAGGGACGGAGCCGGAGGGGACUAGCACCCGGAUCCGGUACACGCUCUCGCUUCUCCUGCUCGAGACGCUGCCGGUACUGGCCGCCGCACCCGCGCUGGGCCUCGGCGUCCUGGUCAUCGAAGAUUACGGCAGUAUCAGACAGCUGUUCAUGGCCAUGCUCGUGCUGGCGGUGCCCGUCGCCUUGCUGAGCGUGCUGUGUUAUGCCGCCAUGAUCAUCGCGCUGGUUCGAUAUGCCGCCCGCCAUCUCCAUCCAGGCCUCCACUCCUGGCACGGCGUCUCGGCCUGGGCAGCCUGGUUGACCAGCCGCCUCAUGAUGGAUGCCCGCACCGGCCUCUUCCCGCUUUACGCCAGUCUCUUCACCCCGAGCUGGCUGCGCCUGUUGGGAGCCCGCGUCGGCCACGGAGUCGAGGCAUCGACUGUACUGGCCCCCCCGGCUCUGCUCGAGGUCGACGAUGGGGCCUUCCUGGCCGAUGAUGUCUUGGCCGCCCCGUAUGAGCUCUCAGCUGGCCGGCUUCGGCUGGGCACCUCGUCGGUCGGCGCGAGGGCAUUCAUCGGCAACUCGGCCAUGGUUGGGCUAGAGCACGCGGUUCUCGAUGGCGCCCUGAUUGGCGUGCUGGGCACAUGUCCGGCCCCGGCCCAGAUGAAGCCCGGCUCGUCGUGGCUGGGGCGGCCGGCAAUGCCGAUCUGCCGCCGCGCUGAGGAGCACGCUGACCCGGGCCGCACCUUUUACCCUCGGCGCCGGCUUGUGCUGGCCAGGGCGCUGGUCGAAUCCUGGCGACUGCUGCCCCUGGUGUGCUCGUCGCUGCUGGCCGAACUGGUUGCCCUCGGCAUGAUCAUCAUGCUGGAUAUAGCAGGCUUCCGCUUUGCGGCCGUGACGGGCGGCGUGUUGCUCCUGGCCGCCGGGGUGGUCGCCUGCGCGCUCGCAACGGCGGCCAAGUGGCUGUUGACUCGCACAGUCCAAGGUGGCGAGCAGCAUCCGCUCUGGAGCUCCUUCGUAUGGCGCAACGAGCUUGCCGACGUCUUUGUCGAGUCCCUGGCCGCUCCGUGGCUGGCCAAACUUUGCUACGGCACCCCCUUGCUGCCCGUGUGGCUGCGCUCGCUGGGGGCCAAGAUCGGGCCCGGGGUCUGGUUGGAGAGCCACCGGCUGCCCGAGGCCGACCUGGUCGACCUGGGGGCCGGUGCUACCGUCAACCGGGGAUGCGUCCUGCAAACCCACCUGUUCCACGACCGCCUCAUGCGUCUAGGCUCGGUCCGGCUGGAACCAGGGGCCACCCUCGGUCCACACGCCAUUGCGCUGCCGGGCGUCGUCAUUGGCGCAGGCACUACCAUCGGCCCAGCUGCGCUUGUGAUGCGCGGAGAGCACAUCCCAGACGGCACCAGCUGGCUGGGAAACCCGUUGCGGCCGUGGGCCAGGGAUGCGGUGAAAAGCAUGCAGUGGGAACCAGCCCCGGUGUAG